AGGUGCAACGAAACAAUGCUUGGAAUGAUGGCCUCCAGACUUAGUACCUACUUCGCAUGGUCGCAUUAUCUGUCCCUGCAACCACAGUUGCCUUUUGUGAGGAACUUUUUAGUCCAUAAAAAAACACUAGCAUAGAUAGCAUUACCGCAAAUGUGCUUUAUCUUAUCUUCAUCGUGGCCUUUUUUCGUACGUACCACCCUACCGAUCGUGCGAAUAUUCCCAACUUUGGAAUCCACACGGUGAAGAUCUUCAACGUAAACCAUUUGCACGAAUGCUCCACUGACGUCCUGUCAAACAGUUUAGUAUCAUUCGGAGUGCGACAAAGGUACAACAACUCAACACAGAAUGAAGUCACUGGUAGCUAUCUGUGUCUGUGCGAUGUCACUUCUAUCGCAUCAUCCAGUAAGAGCUACCCCGAUCAAAAGGACCUCUCCGAUAUUCCUAGAUAGGGAAAACAUGCAUGAAGAAAUUGGUGAAUACUUCGAAGGAGACAUGAUGCUUUCUCUGGAGCAGACAGAAGCAUUUAAAAAUGGAUAUGCCUCCAUUGUGAAUGAUAAAACCAAGUGGCCGAACAACAUCGUUUACUACACCAUCGAUACCACCGUUUACAAUUCCGUUCACCAGAACAGCAUUCGCACGGCAAUGGAUAGGAUCGAGCAAGUGAGCUGCAUCCGGUUUGUACCGCGCACGACCCAGAAUGGUUACAUUUUCAUUUCGCAAGCUGAACCGGGAGUCUGUUCGGCUAGGGUAGGCUAUACUGGAACGAAGCAACCCGUCAACCUGUCAACGAACGGCUGCAUGUCCCGUGGCACCAUCAUCCACGAGCUGCUGCAUGCGCUCGGGUUCAUUCAUAUGCAGAGUAGUCCCGAUCGUGAUCUCUACCUGGAUAUUAACUACGCCGCCAUAAUACCGGGCAAAGAGCACAACUUCAAUCGCUACUUUUCAUCGGCGGCUGACGAUCAUGGCAUACCGUACGAUUACGACAGCGUGAUGCAUUACGCAUCGACGGCGUUCAGCGUAAAUGGGCAGCCGACGAUUAUUCCGAAAAAGAAGGACGCUCUGAUUGGACAGCGUAAUAACCUAAGUCCUAAAGACAUCAAACAACUCAACCAUCUGUAUCCGAACUGUUACUAGAUGUUUGCACACGGUGCACUUGCAUUUCAAAACAGUGAUUUGGUGUUUAUUUUUGAAAUUCUACUUCACCAACCGAUACACACUACCAUAAACAAAAACUGGACACUAAGACUGCUGGACUUCAUAUGAAAAGUAAUGGUUAUAUUUUAUUGUGUACUUACCGCAAACUUCAACAACAUUACAAAAUUGUCCAGGGGUUUAAAAUGGUUUGUACUUCAAUAAACUAUCAGUUAUUUUGUCAUAAACGCUUAAUCCGCCUAGCCGUUUACGCUGUUCACGUUCUUCACACGUUGAAAUUGCCUAUAUGA